AUGACAACUGAAGCCGCCUCCAACUCCAAGAAACCACGGCCAUCAUCAUCAUCGUUUUCUUCGUUGCCAGAAGAGGUUGCUUUAAAGUGCUUAUUACACGUUCCGAGAUGCUAUGACCUAAACCUCUCGUUGGUCUCCAAAACCAUGAGAUCGCUCGUGCGCUCGCCAGAACUCCACCGUUUGCGAUCCCAGCUGCUUAAGUCGGUCUAUCUCUCUUAUGAUUUCUAUUUCUAUCAAAUCGCGAUGGAUCCGUCCCCUAGCUACAGAUGGAUCACUUUCCGUCCGGGCGAGAAGACCACUGACUAUCAGUUGGAGCAGAGAUUCCCGAGACAUUCUCUUGGUUAUGCAGUCUCCGUGGGAUCAGAGAUCUAUUUCAUUGGUGGAAGAAGCCUUCCAUCCACGAGGCUUUGGAUCCUUGAUACUCAAUCUGGUCAUAUAUGGACGGCUCCAAGCAUGAAAGUGGGUCGGUCGGAGGUGAACAAAACAGCAGUGGGAGUGGUCGAAGGGAAGAUAUACGUGAUUGGAGGAAGUGAAGAAGAUAGCCAAGUGGAAGUGUUUGAUCCACAAGCGCAAACCUGGGACUUCGUUGGUGAGGAGAAAGUGACAUGUGAAUCCCGGUUUAGUGCGUCUAUGAAGCAAAAGGUUUAUAUGGUGAACAGGGAUGGGAGAGUCAGCACGUAUAGCCCGAGAGAAGGUAUAAACAAUGAUGCAACGGAGAUGCCAAGUGAUGAUAUAAUAAAGUUCGUGUGUGUUGUAAAGAAUGUGCUCUACGGUUGUUUUGAGUGGAGUGGGUUAAUGUGGUUUAACACAAAGCUCAAGGUUUGGAGAAAAGUGGUUGACCGUGAUGGCAAGGAUGGGAAGUUAGAGCUGUAUUCAUUUGCUGCUGCAAAAAUGGUGGAAUACGAGGGAAUGAUAGCGUUUUUUUGGCCAUUAUGUAAUAUUGAUCCCUUUAAGGAAAAUAUUUUGUGUAAAUUGAUUGCAUUGGAUAGGCUAGGGGAAGAAAUCCGUGGGAGAAUUGAGUGGUCUGGUAUUGUGGCCACAUUACCGCGUGACAUUGUUUUGAGGGAUUGUUUAGUUGUUUCCGGUUGA